AUGAAGAAUGAAAUUAAUGACCAAAUCAGAAUAUUUAUAAAUUCAAUUCCUCUUAGACGCUAUUCUUCUUCAAAUAGCUGUAGUAGUGAUAGACAUAGUCCAGAUUCGCAAAAUUUUCCAAAAUAUUUAGAUUGGUUAAAUAAGGCUUUAGAUGAGGGUCACUUUUUUAAGGGGAAGCGUAACGACGCAAUUGGAGUUGGCGUAAUGAUUGCAAGAGGUGAACGUGAAGUAAAGAUCGAUGGUACGCCUGAUGAUUAUGUUUUGCUUUUUGAAAAAUGCUGGUCUCAAAGUCCACAUCAACGACCAGAACUAGUUGAAAUUUUAGAAAGCCUUGAUAAAUUAUCAACAGUAAAAACUGAAAGUUUUAUUUCUUACCAACGACAAAACACAAAUUAUAUCACACAAUCAACGCACGAAUUGCCUAUAACUGAAAAUUCGGCGAAUUUCGAUAUAACUCAAAGCAAAACAGCUUUGUGA